GAAAGGGAACAGUGCGGCAGUAUGUGGACAUGCUCCCCACAACAGUUCACUUUUACCCUACAGACGGGAAUUUGACCUGCAACUCAACCAGAGCGGAUGCUGCACACAGGUUCUGAGUGUGUUUUGCAUGCUGUCCCUGCAGAGAGGUUUUGAGUUUCGCCGUGCAGGAGUCAAGGUCAUCUGGACAUCGAUUUGCAACAGCUGAUGAUGCUCUUUUUUUAAGAAGAGGAGGAGGAGGAGGAGGAGAGUGACCUGCUUGAGAAUGAGGCCCUUAGGGAGAAAGUUUUGAGUCAGGAAGUGACUUCAGAUUGUGAACUUUGGCUACCCGGUCCUGACUGACUGAACCUGGAUCAGCUUACUUCCUCAUCUCCUUCAUCCCACCAAUAGACUAGAGGACACACUGCUUUCUGGAGCAGCCGUGGAUCUGCGCAGAAAGAGGGUCACCUCACAUGGGAGUGUGUGACCGUGUGUGUGAGGGUGUGUGUUCAGGCCUCCUGCCGUCGCCCGCUCUUCCCGGACAGGCAUGGCGGGGUUCCGAGAGCGUGGCGAGCGCGGCUCCCGCAUUCAGAGGCCGUGGUCGGUGUACCGGGCCAGCACAUUCGAGCUGUCCAGCGAGAUGAUCGGAUUGGCUCUCGCAGGAAACAGUCAGGACCCAGAUGAGCCUGUGCUUGAGUUCAGUGUGUCCUGCACAGACCUGCUGACUCCUGCUCUCGACCGAAAACCCAACAGCUUUGUAGCAGUGAGCUGCACGACGCCACCGCAGGCCUUCUGGACUAAACACGCCCAGACCGAGGUCAUCGAGGGCACCAGUAACCCCACCUUCCUCAGCAGCAUCGCCUUCUUCCAGGAGUCCAACAUCAACCAGCAGACGCAGGUGAAGCUGGCCGUCUACGACGUCAAGGACCGCUCACAGGGCACGAUGUAUAUGUUGGGCUCGGCACUAUUUCCUGUUAAAGAGUUGUUGCAAGAGAAGAGCCACAGAUUACAGCUGGAGCUGAGAUCAGCAGAGAACCAGCGGGUGGGGAACUUAACCGUAGCUGCCUGGCAGAUGGAGGAGAGAGCGGAUCAGAGGAUGUCGGUCGGCCGCCUGCCGGACAGUAUCAAUGGACGGACGAUGCUGCCUGUCGACGAGAGCCUCACUGAGUCGAUGGGAGUCCGGAUAAAGUACGCCUCGCUAUGCAAAGACACGCUGCUGCGCUCAGUGUUUGGAGGCACGAUGUCCAGGAUGUACCGCUUCCCCACCACUGAUGGGAACCACCUACGGGUGCUGGAGCAAAUGGCUGAGAGCGUCCUCUCGUUAAACGUCCCCAGACAGUUUGUCAAACUGCUGCUGGAGGAGGACGCAGCCAGGGUGUGUGAGCUGGAGGAGCUGGGAGAGUUAUCGCCCUGCUGGGAGAAUCUGAGGCGACAGAUUGUCUCCCAGUACCAGACCAUAAUACUUGCAUACCAGGAAACACUGUCGGACCUCAACGACUACAGAGGUCCAUCGUUCAAAGCCAGUAACCUGAAGGCAGAGAGGAAGCUCGAGUUCAUGCCAACCAACCUACACGUGCAGAGGAUGAGGGUUCAGGACGAGCUGGGCUUCGAACACACGUACGAUUUGAUAACAAUAGGAGCUCCGGCGGCUCACUGCCAGGGUUUUAAAAACAACGGUUUGAGGAAACUUAUUCAGAAGUUUGAGGAGGCAAAGAAACACGUAUAUGAGGAGGAAUGCAGCGCCCUCUCCAGCUCACAGUCCAUCGUCUACAUACCUCAGGACAUCGUCCGAGCCAAAGAGAUCAUCGCCCACAUCAACACGCUGAAGACUCAAGUCAGCUACUACGCUGAAAGGCUUUCCAGAGCCGCCAAGGACCGAUCUGCCAGCGGACUAGAGAGGACGCUCGCUAUUCUGGCUGAUAAAACUCGUCAGUUGGUGACAGUAUGCGACUGCAAGUUGCUGGCUUCAGCCAUUCAGGCCCUGAACGCAGCACGGCCAGAGUACAUCGCAUCCAAGGCGUCUCCCUCCGCCGACUCUGAACAUGUAGUCCUGCGCAACGACCAGGACACGCUGCUCGCCAAGUGGAGCGGCUCCAACAGUCGAUCCUCUCUGCACGUAGACUGGCAUGAAGAGGAGUGGGAGAAGGUUUGGGUGAACGUGGAUAAGUCUCUGGAGUGCAUCAUCCAGCGUGUGGACAAGCUGCUGCAGAAGGAGAGGAGGCCCAGCGUCGGCAGUCAGGACAGUACCCACUCUGACCUGCAGGGCGGCGCCAGUAAGAAAGGUGAAGGAAAAAGACGAGCUUUCUGGAUCAACCCAGAAAGUAUAUCAGAGGAAUCUCCAUCAUUACCAUCAUCUUCAUCAUCCUCACCACCACGAUCACCACCACCAUCCUCUUCCUCUCUGCCUGCCCUCUCCUCUGCACAGGAAACCUAUGGGAGCCCCAGUGCUGAGGAGGCGUAUCCAGGCGAGUGGAGUGAGGCGCUGUACCCUCUCCUCACCACGCUCACCGAGUGCGUCGUCAUGAUGAGCGACAAGGCCAAAAAGUCCAUGGUGUUCCUGCUGAUGCAGGACAGCGCCCCGACGAUAGCCAUGGACCUGUCUCUGCAGUACCGCCGCGACGUCGUCUUCUGCCAGACGCUCACCGCUCUCAUCUGCGGCUUCAUUAUCAAACUGAGGAACUGUCUCCGUGACAACGGAUUCCUCCGACAGUUGUACACCAUCGGCCUGCUGGCUCAGUUUGAGUCCCUGCUCAGCACCUACGGAGAGGAGCUGGCCAUGUUGGAGGACAUGAGCGUUGGCAUCAUGGAUCUACGCAACGUCACCUUUAAGGUGACCCAAGCCACCGGCAGCUCCGCCCCUGACAUGCUGCCGAUCAUCACAGGGAACCGGGACGGAUUCAACGUCCGCAUCCCGCUGCCGGGAACCAUGUUUGACGCGUUGCCGCGGGAGAUCCAGAGCGGCAUGCUGCUGAGGGUGCAGCCGGUGCACUUCAACGUCGGCAUCAACGAGCAGCAGACACUCGCUGAGAAGUUUGGAGACACAUCUCUGCAGGAGAUCAUCAACUUGGAGAGUCUCACCAGGCUGAAUUCAUACUAUGAACAGUUCAAAGAAGUCCUGCCGGAGGACUGCCUCCCGAGGUCUCGUUCUCAGACUUGUCUCCCAGAGCUGCUGAGGUUUCUGGGGCAGAACGUCCACGCCAGGAAAAACAAGAACGUGGACAUCCUCUGGCAGGCGGCCGAGAUCUGCCGCCGGCUGAACGGCGUUCGUUUCACCAGCUGCAAAAGCGCCAAAGACCGCACGGCCAUGUCGGUGACCCUGGAGCAGUGCCUGAUCCUGCAGCACGAGCAUGGCAUGGCGCCGCAGGUCUUCACGCAGGCCCUCGACUGUAUGCGCAGCGAGGGUUGCAGACGUGAAAACACCGUGAAGAACGUUGGAUGCAGAAAGUACGCGUUUAACUCUCUGCAGCUCAAGGCCUUCCCCAAACACUACCGACCCCCCGACGGCACCUACGGGAAGGUCGAGACCUGAUUGGACCACAGGGGAGCUCUGCGUUCUCAUUGGACCGUACAGAUGCUGUGUUUUGGGGAAGGCCACGAUUGGACUGGGUGCAUUCAGGACGGGUCAGCUGGUUCCUGUUUCAGAGGGUUUAGAUUAGAUUUAUUUGAAGGUAAACUCAGUGAUUCACUAACAAACAGUCGCACCUUCCUGAAAAAAGAACUUACAGAUCAAACACCUUGUUAUAAACUGUUUUUUUUAUAUUAGUUUAUUCCAUAUUAUGCAUCACACGCUGAAUACAAGAAUGUUAAGCUCUUGGAUGUUUAUUUCUUAUGAGGAAAAUGUACAUGACCAACACUGCCUCACUCCUGAUCGAGCACUGACACAAUCAAUAUCAACCACGCAAACACUUAUAUUUACGCUCCACAAUGUAAAUCAAGAGAUAAAUCAUCAAGACCACCUGUUUAAAUCAAAUUAUAUAGAAAUAAAACAGACAAUUAUCUACUGUAAACCCACGGUAUUUGGACAAAUUUGCAUCUAGGAUGUCUUGAAGCUUUAGGUGAAAUAUUUAGACUAUAUUGAUGGGGAAAAAACUCUCCGAAGUCAAAGAAGUGUGUGUUAUUAUGUUAACAAAUCUCAUGAAAAUACCAAAAACUGGUACUCAAGCCCAAGAUGGUAAUCUUUAAAAAAAAGCAUCACUUUUAAUUGAUGUUUAGCAAAGUUACUAACACAGGAGGAAAUACUGUGUUUGUUGGGUACUACUUUCAGCGGCGGAUUAAUCCAUAUUUGGUGCUCUAGUGAGUGUUUGUAUGUUGGAUUGAGUGUGAUGGUGAUGAAGGAUUAUGUCAGCCAGUGAACUGUGAGGCUCACUGAUCUUUUAUGACUCAGAGGAAGACGAGUUAUCAGGCUUUGGUUACAUCAUUUCAUUGUUCGUUACGUUUUUUUAACACAGGAUUUGUUGACUAUAGACAGAAAAUUACAAUAUUGACGUCAUUAUUGUUGUAGGAGUUGUUACUGCACAGAAUGAAAUGUUGAUAUAAAGUUUUCUGCUCUCUAUAUUUCCUUUUACACACACAUUGUGUAGGAAACCAUUAAAAAGCAACAGUUUGAAGUUUCCACGAGCAAAACAUCGUAUGGAAAAGUUUAAUUGUCCAUUGUGAUCAAUUAAACAUUACAGCUUGUUUGAGGACAAUGAGGAAUUGUAACUUGGUAUACUGUGAAGAAAACGGCUAAAAUUCACAAUAAUGUCAAAAUAUUCUUUAAAAGUAGUGUCAAAAAAAUAGGAUAAAUUAAACUUGUUUAAUCUCAAUUGGAGAAAUUAAAUUAUACAUAAAUAGAUAAAUAUAAAGGGGCUGCACCUCUUUAUUCCAUGUUUUGUUUCUAUGCAAUUUGUUUUUAGCUGUUUAUGUUAAAAAAAAAACUUGGCAUUUUCAUUGUUACUUUAAUUUUAAAGAAGCACAUGGCAUAAACAAAUAAGAAAUAAGUUUUAGAACAUUAAUAAAAUCUGAAGCAGCUAAUCCUACUUGAGUGUUUUGGACAAAGGGGGACACUUGUUUGGGUUGUUUCACCUCAUUUACCUCCUUUGUGUUUUUAACUGCCACGUUUAUUUGCAAUGACCUUUCUCUACCACACGGUGGAGCCACUGCUCUUCACCUCCUGGAUCCACUGCACUGUUGAUCCUCCUUCUAUUCACUCUACGGUUAAAACACAUCACAGCUCAGUGACUUAUCUUUAAUGCAUCUUACUGUAACGUGAACCACACCGUCAGACUCACUGUUGAAAUACAUUUAUUACUGUUUUAUCGUGUUUUGUUCAUCAAUCAAAGAAGUACUGUUUUCUUCUGUCAACAUGCUGUGUAGAUUAUUUGGAGUUUUAUUUGAGAUCCGAGAACAUCUGUGAAGGUUUGUAUGUUGCUCUAUAUUAUGACGUGUUAAUAUCUGAUGCUGAAAUAAAUAUGAACUUGA